UCGGGUAGAGAGCUAGUUAGCCAUAUGUAGCUAGCUUUUUAAAGUAGUCAAUUUAUUUGCAUUGUAUUGCGCGUGCGAUUUAACAUCAUACACUUGGCAAUUAUGCGGGAAGCUUUAAAGCCGAAAAAAUACAUUUAACAUUAGCUAACACUAGUUAGCUGCCCAUCAAGUGAUUUUGCAUAUAGUACCUUGCUAGCUAGUCCGCUAGCGUGCAUUGUGAGGGCAGAAUAAUGUCCGAGUUACCUAAUAUCAUGCAUACUCUCAUUGUGUUGCAACAGUGAGCUGAAAAGUAAGAAAAUGCGGUUACCUAGAAUGCCAGAUCAGAGGAAUGCAGGGAGCAGCUCAGACGGGACGGAAGAUUCGGACUUUUCCGCCGAUCUCGAGCACACGGACAGCUCUGAGAGCGACGCUAACCAUCGGAGCAACAAGCGACUCACUCGCGCCUCGGUGCGGCUUAGCCAAAGCUCGCAAGAUUCCAGUCCCGUCCGGGACCCGCCGGCCCUGGGUCCGGAAGAGGUGGCCUUUUCCACCCGGCGGGUGACUCGUAGCCAGCAGCAGGGGGCGCCCGUCACCCCCAAGAAAUACCCCCUGCGGCAGAGUCGGUCCUCGGGCUCGGACACGGAGCAGGCGGUGGACUUCUCGGACCGGGAUCUGAAGAACACGGUGGACCAGGACGAGUCCCCGCCCCGCACGCCCACGGGCAACGCCCCCUCCUCCGAGUCGGACAUCGACAUCUCCAGCCCCAACGCGUCGCACGACGAAGGCGUGGCCAAGGACCCGUCGCUCAAGGACUCCGGCAGCGACCUCUCGCACCGGCCCAAACGCCGCCGCUUCCACGAGAGCUACAACUUCAACAUGAAGUGCCCCACGCCCGGCUGCAACUCGCUGGGCCACCUGACGGGGAAGCACGAGCGGCACUUCUCCAUCUCCGGCUGUCCCCUCUACCACAACCUGUCCGCCGACGAGUGCAAGGUAAAAAAUGUGAAGGCCGCCUCCCGCGACAAGCAGACGGAGGAGAGGACCCUGUCUCACCGCCAGGACGAGAACAGACACUCCACCCGCCACCAGGGCCCAACGGAGCGGCAGAUGAGGUACAAGGAGAAGGUGACCGAGAUGAGGAAGAAGAGGAACUCCGGGCUGGUGAAGGAGCAGAAGGACAAGUACACGGAGCACCGGCAGACCCACGGGAACACCCGCGAGCCCCUGCUGGAAAACAUCACAAGUGAUUAUGACCUGGAGCUCUUUCGAAAAGCCCAGGCACGUGCUUCGGAGGAUCUUGAGAAACUGCGGCUCCAGGGCCAGGUGACGGAGGGCAGCAACAUGAUCAAGACCAUCCUGUUCGGGCGCUUCGAGCUGGACACCUGGUACCACUCGCCCUACCCGGAGGAGUACGCCCGCCUGGGCCGGCUCUACAUGUGCGAGUUCUGCCUCAAGUACAUGAAGAGCCAGACCAUCCUGCGCCGCCACAUGGCCAAGUGCGUGUGGAAGCACCCGCCCGGAGACGAGAUCUACCGGAAGGGCGUCAUCUCCGUCUUCGAGGUGGACGGCAAGAAGAACAAGAUCUACUGCCAGAACCUGUGUCUGCUAGCCAAGCUCUUCCUGGACCACAAGACGCUGUAUUACGAUGUGGAGCCCUUCCUCUUCUACGUCAUGACCGAAGCGGACAACACAGGGUGCCACCUCGUUGGGUACUUCUCCAAGGAGAAGAACUCCUUUCUGAACUACAACGUCUCCUGCAUUCUCACCAUGCCACAGUACAUGAGACAAGGAUACGGCAAGAUGCUCAUCGACUUUAGUUACCUCCUGUCAAAGGUGGAGGAGAAGGUGGGCUCCCCAGAGCGCCCCCUGUCUGACCUGGGCCUCAUCAGCUACAGGAGCUACUGGAAGGAGGUGCUGCUCCGCUACCUGCACAACUUCCAGGGGAAGGAGAUCUCCAUUAAGGAGAUCAGCCAGGAGACCGCAGUGAACCCGGUCGACAUCGUCAGCACCCUGCAGUCACUUCAGAUGCUCAAGUACUGGAAGGGAAAGCACCUGGUCUUAAAGAGACAGGACCUGAUCGAUGACUGGAAAGCCAAGGAGGCGAAGCGAGGCAGCAGCAAGACCAUCGACCCCACCUCCUUAAAAUGGACCCCGCCCAAAGGCACAUAGACCUCCCUUCCAGCCGCCCGGUCCCCCGCGAAAAAAGCGUCUCAAUAAAAUGGUGUUAUUUAGCUAGCAAGCCUGUCAUUAGUAGACGUAGAGCCACCGCUGCUUCCGGGAGCUGGGCUAACCUCUCCAGUAGACCAUGUCAGCCACUGGAGGAGAGGGACCAUGGGAGUUGGAGUUUUUAUUUUGUUUCUUUGUUUUUUUUUAAAACAUGUGACCUUGCACAGCCUCUUCCAUAGGUUCUUCACCUUUUGUUUUAGGUUAGCAGAUUUGCUCAAUGUGAUUUCAGAUUUUUAAAAGGUUUUAAAAGUUCUCAUUCCUCUGUAUGCUAAAUUUGAGUUUGGGCCUCUGGGUUUCACCCCUCCAACUUCUCUCCUAUGCGUGCAGUAUUUACGUAUUUAUAAUAUGUCUAUAAAUCCACAAGGUGGAUACUUUGCCCUUGCAAAAUUUUCCCGGGUCAAUAUAAGCGUGAUGCGUGUUGCCAGGAAAACGUUUCUGAAGUGACAUCACCACGGCAGCAGAGGGCCUGUGAAAUAUCUGAAAUGGGAGGUGUCACCUGGCCUUCAUGGAGGGAAUUCUUUUACGUUUUGAUUCAUCUUGAUAUACAAAUGCAUUUGUUGCUGAACAGGUCAAGCCUUUGACCUUCUACUUUAACCCUUAUUUUUAUAUUUGUUUUUAUUUUAUUUUUUUGUUUGUUGGCCUGAUUUUGUGUAUUUCAUUGUCGUGUCUUUUACUUUUAAACCCCCAUGCCCUUUGCCAUCUGGUUUAUGUACACAUCUCGCCUAAUUUCAGCAGCUAGUUACUUGGAAGCCAUUUUGAAAUUGUGUGUAGUGUGCCUGCCAUGUUCAGUAAACCCGCCUUUAAGUCUGCCUUCAUGA